GCGCCCAGCUGCACCAUGGGACCGCUGCCGCGGACUCUCGAACUCUUCUACGAUGUGCUGUCCCCCUAUUCCUGGCUGGCCUUCGAGGUGACGCCGGGGGAGCCGCUUCGGCCGGGGCUUGGAGGACGAGGGCAGAGGGAAGGACGAGCGAAGGGCGUCCUGUGCCGGUAUAAGAACAUCUGGAACGUCAGCCUGCAGCUGCGCCCGACCUUAAUUGCAGGGAUCAUGAAAGACAGCGGAAACCAGCCGCCAGCUUUGCUUCCCCGCAAAGCCCUAUACUUGAAAAAUGACGUUAGGCGCCUGGGACGGUAUCUCCAGGUUCCCAUCCACUUACCCAAGGAUUUCUUCUUUGUGAUCUUUGAAAAAGGAAGUUUGACAGCCAUGCGCUUCCUCACCAUCGUGAAACUGGAGCACCCGGAGUUGCUGGAGAAAGUGUCCAGGGAACUGUGGAUGCGCGUCUGGUCACGGGACGAAGACAUCACGGAGCCCCAGAGCAUCCUGGCCGCUGCAGAGAAGGCUGGCAUGUCCACGGGACGAGCCCGGGAACUUCUGGAAAGGGUCUCAACACCACAGGUGAAGAACCAGCUCAAGGAGACCACUGAUGCAGCCUGCAAAUACGGGCCCAAUAACCACCUGCUCCAUCACCCUCCUUCCUGCACGCCGACUGCUUUCUCCAGGCCUUUGGGCUGCCUGUCACUGUGGCCCACCUGGAUGAUGAAACCUACAUGCUGUUUGGCUCUGACCGGAUGGAGCUGCUGGCACACCUUCUGGGAGAGAAGUGGAUGGGCCCUGUGCCUCCAGCUGCAACUGCCAGACUUUAAGGAAGCCCAGAAGCAGCAGAAUUACUGGUAUAAGAAAGCAGACUAUCUCCUUACCCCUCCUCCACCGUGGGGCCCUGGGACUCUGGUUUCCUGUCUCACACAGGUUCCUCUCUGGCCCUGGGGGAUGCCGGCGAGGGGCUCUGCAGUGCACCGUCUACCAUUAUCUCACGGCUGCCGUUACUUCUGUGCCUCACGAGUGCCUUUCGAGAGCCCCAAACUCUGCUUCCCACAAAAUAAACCUAAUGCCAUCAGGCACCAUAUUUCUGGGUCUGUGUCUUCCCUGGUGUUUGUGUGUUCUUGUUCCUGCGAUCACACCUGGCCAUGAGAAGAGCAGCUCACU